AUGAUGCCCAUAGGAAUGAAAAUUUCAAUCUUAGAGCAAUAUUAAUGUGGACAAUUAAUGAUUUUCCUGCCUUUGGCAAUCUUUCUGGUUAUAGUGUGAAAGGGUAUAAGGCAUGUCCUAUAUGUGAGGAGAAAACUUGUUCUCAAUAUUUAAAACACUCGAGAAAGAUUAGCUAUAUGGGACAUCGAAGAUUUUUGCCUUCUAACCAUGUAUUUCGAACUUGGAAAAAAGCAUUCGACGGGAAGCAAGAAUUUGAAGUGGCUCCGCCACCUUUACUUGGAGAACAAUUAGUAGUAAAGUUGAGUAAUCUCAAAUUCAAGCUUGGAAAGCGAAAAGUGACCCCUAAGAAAAGAAAGGGAAAACGUGACAAUUGCGAGCAAGUCACAGCUCAACCUGAUGGACCAUGGAAAAAGAAAUCAAUAUUUUUUGAGCUCGAGUACUGGAAGCAUUUGGUUUUACGUCAUAAUUUAGAUGUAAUGCAUAUUGAGAAGAAUGUGUCAGAUAGCCUAAUCAAUACCUUGUUUAAUGUUCCUGGUCGGUCCAAAGAUGGAAUUAAGUCUCGUCUAGAUUUGAAGGAUUUAGGAAUGCGAGCAAAUUUACACCCACAAGUUGUUGGUAAAAAAACUUAUUUGCCACCAGCAUGUUAUGCCUUCACUAAAGAAGAAAAACGCUCUGUGUGUAAUUCUUUGUCUCAGGUGAAGGUACCUGAAGGAUAUUCUUCAAAUAUCUCAAGUUUGGUUAAUAUUGAGAAACUUAUUUUGACCGGCCUGAAGUCUCACGAUCAUCAUACACUGAUUCAACAUAUUUUACCCGUGAGCAUUCGAAAUGUUUUGCCAAAAAAAGUUCGACAUGUUAUCACAAGGUUAUGUUUAUUCUUCAAGUGUCUUUGUUGUAAAGUGGUUGACGUGACCAAGCUAGAGAAGCUCCGAUUAGAAAUCACUGAAGUAUUGUGUUACUUGGAACAAUAUUUUCCACCUUCCUUUUUUGACAUAAUGGUUCACUUAACUGUUCAUUUGGUGAGAGAGCUAAAGUUAUGCGGGCCUGUGUACUUGAGAUGGAUGUACCCAUUUGAACGAUACAUGAAAAUUUUAAAGGGUUACGUAAGAAAUAGAAACAGGCCUGAGGGUUCCAUUGUUGAAUCAUAUAUCGUUGAAGAAUCAAUAGAAUUUUGUGUAGAUUAUUUGGCAAAUGUUGUCAGCAUUGGAUCGUGUCCUCCUCGAUUUGAUAAUGAAAUAAGUAAAGGGGGUGGGGGUCUUGUUAUUUGUGAGGUGAGUCGAGGUGAUAGAGACGAAGCACAUCGACUCGUUUUACAAAAUAUCGAUGAGGUUCAUCCCUAUAUUGAGGAACAUUUUAAUUGGAUCAAAAUCACUUAUCCGAGUAAGUCGAGAAAUCAAAAAUGGGUACAAGAUGAACAUUAUCGAACUUUUAGUACAUGGUUUGAAAAAAAGGUACUAUGAUUUUGUUGUUUAUUUUGUUUUGAUUUAUUCUUGCAAGUAUAUAGUUAAUAAGUUUAUUUUUUAUCUAGGUAUCCCAAGAUCAA